GUGUUUGACCUGUCAAAGCUUGAGGCAGAUGAGUCUACGCCCUCUGGCGGCAGCCCGCCCCACGUCCCGCGCGGCGGCGCGUUCAGCGACCUAGUCACAGGCAGCAGCAGCGGCGGCAGCGGCGGCGGCGUCGGCGCUGUUGGGGCGGGGCCGACGCUGCCAGCCUUGAUUGGGGCCGCGCAGAAGGGCGGCGGCAGCGGCGGUGGCAGCGGGGAUGCGGGCCAGGAUGGCGCCGGCAUGGGGGGCGCGUGA